AUGGGCUGGCUUUUUCUAAAGGUUCUCUUCGUGGGGGUGACUUUCCUGGGAUGUCUUUAUCCUCUCGUGGAUUUUUGCUGCAGCGGGGACACAAGAGGCCAGAAGCCGAAUUUUGUGAUCAUUUUGGCAGAUGACAUGGGGUGGGGUGACCUGGGAGCAAACUGGGCAGAAACGAAGGACACUGCCAACCUUGAUGAGAUGGCUGCAGAAGGAAUGAGGUUUGUGGAUUUCCAUGCAGCUGCCUCCACCUGCUCCCCCUCCAGGGCCUCCCUGCUCACCGGACGGCUCGGCCUUCGCAAUGGAGUCACGCACAACUUUGCGGUCACUUCCGUGGGGGGUCUUCCGCUCAAUGAGACCACCUUGGCUGAGGUGCUGCGGCAAGCUGGCUAUGUCACUGGGAUGAUAGGCAAAUGGCAUCUCGGGCACCAUGGAUCUUACCACCCCAACUUCCGCGGUUUUGAUUACUACUUUGGAAUCCCAUACAGCCACGACAUGGGCUGCACCGAUACCCCGGGCUACAACCACCCUCCUUGUCCAGCGUGUCCACGGGGGGACGGGGACGGACCGUCAAGUCGCGGAAAUGAAUGCUGUCUGUGGUUCCCGCACAGGACCCACGAGAGGGACUGUUACACGGACGUGGCCCUUCCUCUGUAUGAAAACCUCAACAUCGUGGAGCAGCCGGUGAACCUGAGCGGUCUCGCGCAGAAAUACGCGGAGAAAGCUACCCAGUUCAUCCAACACGCGAGUGCCAGCGGAAGGCCCUUCUUGCUGUACGUGGCCCUGGCUCAUAUGCAUGUACCCUUAUCCGGGACACGGCUCUCCGCAGACCGACGGGGCCGGAGGCCAUAUGGAGCAGCUCUCCGGGAGAUGGACCGCCUGGUGGGCCAGAUCAAGGACAAAGUCGACCGCACGGCAAGAGAAAACACAUUCCUCUGGUUUACAGGAGACAACGGCCCGUGGGCUCAGAAGUGUGAGCUGGCCGGGAGCGUGGGUCCCUUCACUGGAUCGUGGCAGACUCAUCAAGGGGGAAGUGCAGCCAAGCAGACCACGUGGGAAGGUGGGCACCGGGUCCCGGCUCUGGCCUACUGGCCUGGCACCGUUCCCAUCAACGUCACCAGCACAGCCUUGUUAAGUGUGCUGGACAUCUUCCCCACUGUGGUGGCCCUGGCGGGGGCCAGCCUGCCCCAAGACCGGCACUUUGACGGCUUGGAUGCCUCUUCCGUGCUUUUUGGCUGGUCGCAGACUGGGCACCGGGUGCUGUUUCACCCCAACAGUGGGGCGGCUGGAGAGUAUGGAGCCCUUCAGACCGUCCGCCUGGAACAACACAAGGCCUUCUACGUCACCGGCGGAGCCAAAGCCUGUGACGGGAAGGUCGGGCCCCCGCGGCUUCAUGAGCCUCCCCUCAUUUUUAACCUGGAAGAGGAUGUUGCGGAAGCCCAGCCUCUAGAAGAAGGUAGUGCUGAGUACGGGCGCGUCUUGCCCGAGGUCAGACAGGUCCUGGCGGAGGUGCUGGUGGACAUUGCUGGUGACAAGACGUCCAGGGCGGAUUACACUCGGGAUCCUUCGGUGACCCCCUGCUGUGAUCCCCACCGAAAGGCCUGCCGCUGUCACACCACCUGA